AUCCUCUCUGGGUUCCGGCUCCGGCUCCUCCCCCGGCCCAGGGAGGCGGUGCUGUCCGUGACCGAGCGGCGCGAGCCAGGGUUCAGAGAUGGGCAGUGAGAAGGAGCAGAAUCCAGAGCAGCACCUGCCUGAGGAAGGGGAACGGGGUAAGCCUUGGAGAGUGGAUGACUCCGAGGGUUUCCGGAUCCCAGAUGGGGAGAAAGAACAUGGGCAAGAGAGCCUUUCGGAGGAGCCACAAGGGAUCCAACCAAAAAAGCCAUGGCAGAAAGUCACUGUCCCUGCUGGAGAGCCAGGGGACCCCAUUGCUCAUCCAAGGCCUGAGGCUGAUGAGAAGCCCUUUAUCUGUGCCCAGUGUGGCAAAACCUUCAAUAAUACCUCCAACCUGAGAACACACCAGCGGAUCCACACUGGCGAGAAACCUUACAAGUGUUCUGAAUGUGGCAAGAGCUUCUCGAGAAGCUCCAACCGCAUCCGGCACGAGCGGAUCCACCUGGAAGAGAAGCACUACAAAUGUCCCAAGUGUCAAGAGAGCUUUCGGCGGCGCUCGGAUCUCACCACACACCAGCAGGAUCACCUGGGCAAGCGGCCAUACCGCUGUGACAUCUGUGGCAAGAGCUUCAGCCAGAGCGCCACGCUGGCUGUGCAUCACCGGACCCACCUCGAGCCAGCACCCUACAUCUGCUGUGAGUGCGGGAAGAGCUUCAGCAACAGCUCCAGCUUUGGCGUGCACCAUCGCACCCACACAGGCGAGAGGCCUUACGAGUGUGCCGAAUGUGGGCGGACCUUCAGCGAUAUCUCCAACUUUGGAGCCCACCAGAGGACCCACAGAGGGGAGAAGCCCUACCGGUGCACUCUGUGUGGGAAACACUUCUCCCGGAGCUCAAACCUUAUCCGCCACCAGAAAACGCACAUGGGAGAGCAGGCGGGGAAAGAUUCCAGCUGAAGGAGAGACCCGGGGAGAGAGUGAGGAAGAGAAGUGGGAGACCCCAACCUAGUGUAGGAAGAUCUUUAGGAUCUGCUGCUGCCCCCUUGACCUCAAGCCCUUCAUCUCAUUUUGGAGAAUGGUUUCCUGUUGCCUCUGAAGCCAGGAUCUCCAGGAAGUCCUGAGAAGGGACUCAGAGUAAAAAUCUUUGCCUCUUUCCAGGCCAAUUUCUUGCCUUGGAAAGUCAGAGGAGCCAGUCUUGGCUUCAUCUGGGGGUGACAGAGAUAGAGGGUAGGCUUAGUACAUGCUCAUAUCAUUAGGGCAACCAUCCCCUGGCCUUUGAGGACGUACCUGUGAGGCGGGCAUCAUUAUCUGAAGGUCCUCCAAAUUGUAUGUGAACUGCUUAGGGCACAUUGCAGUGGCCUGUGGGUUCCCAUCUGCUGUGCCCUACCUGGGCUGGGAGGAGCAGCCUUCCCAAUGGAAGGGGCCUCCUUGGCCUGGAGAAGAGGUCUGAGGUCCUGCCUUAAGAAUGAAAAGGAAGCCCUCAGGGAGCCAUGAUCCAGGGACCUUCAUACUCCCCCAUGUUUGUGACUUGUUACCCCCACCCCAACCUGCAUCUGUUCCCCAAGUGAUCAGCAGUAAAACCUUCAAUGAAAA